AGCCCAAGAUCACAGCCUCACGCAAACUCUUGUUGAAGAGCUUGAUGCUGGCAAAGGCAAAGGAGGAGUGGGAGCAGGAGAUCAUUGACAAACAGUCAGAGAAGGAAAGAUACCUGUCUGAGCGGGUCGCACCAUUGCAUACUAGUGGACUUUCUUUGAGCCAACUCCAGGACCUGUGCAGGGAGCUGCAUGCGAAAGUUGAAAUUGUGGAUGAAGAGAGAUAUGACAUUGAAGCAAAAUGCAAUCAUAACACCCGGGAGAUUAAAGACCUGAAACUGAAAGUGCUUGACCUUCGGGGAAAGUUCAAGCGACCCCCGCUGCGGCGAGUCCGUGUCUCUGCUGAUGCCAUGCUGAGGGCUCUGCUGGGCUCCAAGCACAAGGUGUCCAUGGAUCUGAGAGCCAAUCUGAAGUCUGUUAAGAAGGAAGACACAGAGAAGGAACGCCCUGUGGAAGUGGGUGAUUGGCGCAAGAACGUGGAAGCCAUGUCGGGUAUGGAGGGCCGAAAGAAGAUGUUCGACGCUGCCAAGUCCCCUACGGGCCAGUGAGAGGAGCGUGAGGACAGAAAGAAGAGCUUCCUGAUCCUGCUGUCUGCCUUCUUUUCCCUUGCUGCCCCUCCUUGCUCCUUAUGCCUGUACCCUGAAUUCACCACUGAGCUGAAGCAUGUGGACAACUACUUGGGAAGGAAAUCUGAGCCUCAUCCUUUCCAUCAACUCUGACUUGCAGUUGUGUGCAGGUCUUAUCUUACUCGUGCAAUUAGCCCUGCUCCAGAGAAGCCCCAGCACAAUGGCUCUCAGGUGACAUAGGUGUCAUCAGUACGGUUAAGGGGUUGCUGGUGCUCCUCUGCCAGCUGGCACAACACGGCAUAUCUUCUCAGGGGCAGCUUCCAUAUGUCUGUGCUGGGCAUGCAGCUCUAAUGGGCUGCUAGCCAUCUCUCUCCUUCCUCUGCUGCGGAGGCCCAGGAGAUGGCUGCUGGUCUUCCUUCUCCCCCAUCCUCUGACGUGUGCAGCCUGAGAUGUUCCCAUGCAAUUGUACAUGUAUUAAAGGGCAGU